AUGUUUGAUGGGAUGAUACGAGUUUUGGGGAACGUUAGAUAUGUCCCUAGACUAAGAAAGAAUUUGAUUUCCUUGGGUACUUUAGAUGAGGCUGGCUAUGGGUAUGAGUCUAAAAAGGGAAGACUCAGGGUAGCCAAAGGAUCACUGGUGGUAAUGCGAGGUGACCUACAGCCCAAUAAGCUGUAUAAGUUAAUUGGGACCACCAUAGUCGGGGGAGCAGCUGUUUCUGUAAAUCAAGGUAUAGAAGACAAGACUGAACUCUGGCAUCAUAGGCUUGGGCACAUAAGCCAAAAAGGGUUGCAAGAAUUACACAAGCAAGGCCUAUUGAAAGGCGUGUCAUCUUGCAAACUGGACUUUUGUGAAUAUUGUGUUCUUGGAAAGCAAAGGAAGGUAUCAUUCACGAGUAGCAGUGCAGAUAACCGAAGCAAGGAGCAACUCAGCUAUAUUCACUCAGACGUUUGGGGCCCUGCACCAACCAAAUCAAAUGGUGGAGCCAGAUCACCAUCUACAGUUCUCGGUUUUAAGAGUGCAAAAGAGGUAUGGUCUGAGAAGCCGGUGGACUAUUCCAAGCUCAGGGUAUUCGGCUGUAGUGCUUAUGCACAUAUUCCAAGUGAUGAAAGGUCCAAGCUCAAACCAAAGUCUACACAUUGCAUAUUUUUAUGUUUUGAGAAAGGAGUGAAGGGUUUCAAGCUUUGGGAUAUCAACAACAGGAAAAAGGUUGUCAGCCGAGAUGUUGUCUUUGAUGAGACAACCAUGCCUCUGAAUAAAGUCGAGAGCAGUAGGGAGAAGAAAGACGAUGCUGAAAUUGAAGCAACAAAGAUUCCGUUAAUCAAUUCAGACGAAGAAGCAGCUCAGGUGGAGCAAAUUGAGCAAGAUGCCGAAUUUGAUGGUUUUGAGGAAGAAGAAGAGCAUCAACAUCGUUCACCAGUUAGGAAUCAGGUGGAGCAAGAAACAGGGCAGAUUGAAGGCACUCUAAUCCGCCAGGCUUCCCAAAGGGUUAGAACUCCAACCAACAAUCCACCUGCAUUCCAGAGAUGCAUAACAUUGGACAAACCUAAUCGGAACAAGAAGAAACCUGACAGGUUUGGGUUUGACCAAGACGAAGUUAAUUAUGCUCUCAACAUUAGUCAAGGAGAUCCAACUACUUAUCAAGAAGCUAUAACAAGUGAUGAGCGAGAUAGUUGGAUAAGUGCUAUGACAGAAGAAAUGGAGUCUCUUUACAAGAACUCUGUUUGGGAGUUGGUUCCUAAGCCCAAAGACAGAAAGCUAGUUGGAUGCAAGUGGGUAUUUAGGAAAAAGGAAGGACUACAUGAACAAGAUGCCGUGAGAUUCAAAGCAAGGCUCGUGGCUAAAGGGUACUCACAAAAGGAAGGGGUGGAUUAUGAUGAGAUCUUUUCACCCGUAGUUAAGCAUACUUCUAUCAGAUUGCUUUUAGCAAUGGAAACUCAGCAUGACAUGGAGAUUGAGCAAAUGGAUGUGAAGACAACGUUUCUUCAUGGGGAUCUAGAGGAGACAAUUUUCAUGGCUCAACUAGAAGGGUUUGUUGAAUAUGGGAAAGAAAACCUAGUAUGUCAGCUAAAGAAGUCCCUGUAUGGCCUGAAACAGUCUCCAAGACAGUGGUACAAGAGGUUCGAUUACUUCAUGUUGAAAAUCAAUUUUAGAAGAUGUUUAUAUGACUGUUGUGUGUACUAUCAUGUGUUCCAAGAUGGGAUGAUCAUAUUGCUAUUGCUAUAUGUGGAUGACAUGCUAAUCGCUUGUCAAGACAAGUCUAGAAUUCAAGACUUGAAGAAGAUGUUGAGCAAGGAGUUUGACAUGAAGGAUCUAGGUGCAGCACAGAAGAUCCUUGGCAUGGAAAUUCAGAUAGAUAGGACCGCUGGAAGGAUUUGGAUAUCACAAGCCAAGUAUAUUCAGAAGGUUCUUGAGAAGUUCAACAUGCAAGAAGCAAAGGUAGUUUCGACUCCUUUGGCAGCUCACUUCAAGUUAAGUGGGCAACAGUGUCCUAAGUCCGAGGAAGAGCAGCAAGUAAUGGAGAAGGUUCCUUAUGCUAAUGUCGUGGGCUGCCUUAUGUAUGCAAUGGUAUGCACACGUCCAGACAUAGCUCAAGCAAUCAGUGUCGUUUCCAGAUACAUGGGAAAUCCAGGAAAGCAACAUUGGGAUGCAGUCAAGUGGAUUUUGCGUUAUUUGAAAGGUUCUUGGCGACAAAGGAUUAUGUUUGAGAAGCAAAAAGAAAAUGCAAGGGUGUUGGGAUAUGUGGAUGCUGAUUAUGCAGGGGACUUGGACAAGAGAAGGUCAACUUCUGGUUAUGUGUUUACAUGCGCAGGAAGACCGAUCAGUUGGAGAGCACUACUGCAACCAAUUACGGCUUUGUCGACCACAGAGGCAGAGUAUAUUGCAUUGGCCGAAGCUAGAAAGGAAGCAAUUUGGCUUAAUGGCUUGGGGUACCCGGACAGUGCGGAGCGAGGAAUGCGGAUCAGGUUGACUAAAUGUCUCCUGAAUCCUGCGAAGAUUGCGGCUCAAGUCAACUUUGUGUUACCGAGACCUGCGAGGAUGUGUAACAAAUGUGACACGAGGAAUUGA